AUGCCUAAAACAGAACGCAGACAAUCAGGCCCAACUCGCGCCGAGCCCUAUCCCGCCAUCAAACCUGGGGAUAGACCUAAAGCCACCAAUUCCAAAUCUGCAUCAAAAGCACUCGCCGAUAAGCCGGUCAAAGCUCUCAAUUCCACCUCGAAAGCCAAAGACUUCCUCCAGACGAUAGCUACGCCCAAGAAGGUAGAGCCUAAAGCUGAGGCAAAUUCAACUAAGAAGAGAGCUUCUGUAAAGGGCGACGAUAAACCCUCGAUCAAGAACAGUGAGCCUGAAGCCCAAGCGAAGCCAGCCAAGAAGAGAGCAUCUACAAAGAGUAAGGAUGAACCUACGACCAAGAAAAUCAAGACUAGCAAGUCCUCGACCAAGCCAGUCCCCGAGUCCCCGAAUGAUGCAUCAUCCACCAAACCCUCCUCCUUCCUCGACAUCACCCUCCCGACUCACCCCACCUCCGGCCAAAUCCCCAUCUACGACACCUGCAGCACUAUCCGACAAAAGAUCAACGCCCUGCUCGGAAAAGACAACAACAAGCCUGAGAACGGCAUUCCAGGCCAAUUUAAGAAAGACGGAACCCCAAAGCCAUAUUCGCAGGCCCAGUUUCUGAGGGAUAUUGGGGGAGGCAAUACUGCGAGUCUUUCGCGGUUUAUGAAAGCGAAGAAGAUCAUGGGUGGUGCGGAGAGUCCGAUUUAUCCUGGGGCGUAUGAAUUCUUCGAGAAGAAAAGGAUUUGGCAGGGGGGGAAGAAGACAAAGGGAAGGGAGAAGGUUGAGACGGAUCGUCCAGAUGGUCUUCCUCUCCGAGACCCAAAUCAUAUGAGAAUGUGGCUUGGUCCUGGCGAGAGCAUGAGUGAUUUCGUCGAUGAAUAUUGGCAGUAG